AUGUUUGGCACAGAGAAGGCUCGUGUGGUGAAAAGCUCCUCGUCAUCUCCUGGUCUUGUUCAAUCGGAACCAAGAGAAAAUGGCACAACCCUCUCAUCUCAUUCUGUCAUUAACCUUGACCAUGGUGAUCCAACCAUGUAUGAGACUUAUUGGCAGCGGAUGGGUGACAAGUGUACGGUGGUGAUCACGGGCAGUCAGUCACUGAGCUAUUUUGUCAAUAUGAAGAACUUAUGUUGGUUUUUGCAGCCAGAAUUAGAGGAAUCGAUCAAGCGAUUGCAUCGUGUGGUUGGAAAUGCAGUGACAAAAGAUUAUCAUGUGGUGGUUGGGACGGGUUCCACCCAGCUCUUUCAGGCUGCAUUGUACGCAAUCAGCCCUUCUGAUGCACCAGAACCCGCCAGUGUGGUUUGUGCCGUUCCUUACUACUCGUUAUAUGCCGACGUGACGGACUUCUUGCGGUCAGGGCUAUACAAGUGGGAAGGUGAUGCGCAUGGCUUCGAUAAGGAUGGUGCCUACAUUGAGUUAGUCACUUCCCCGAACAACCCGGAUGGCACCACUAGAGAAGCCAUUGUCGAGCCAGGAGGAGGUGAAGGGAAGCUUAUCCAUGACCUUGCUUACUAUUGGCCAAAUUUUACUCCCAUUACCAAACCAGCUGAUCAUGAUAUUAUGCUGUUUACCGCCUCCAAAUGUUCCGGCCAUGCAGGAUCACGCAUUGGUUGGGCUCUUGUUAAGGAUGAAGAUGUGGCAAAAAAGAUGUCAAAGUUCAUAGAGCUCAACACAAUUGGUGUGUCCAAAGAAUCCCAACUUCGAGCUGCAAAGGUUCUCGGUGUUAUUGCAGAUGGUUGCCAAUACUGUGACUCUCUUGACUCAGAUGAUGUGUUUAAAUAUGGUAAACUUAUAAUGUCUGAGAGAUGGAAGAAGUUAAGAGAUGUGGUGGGACAAAGUGACCUGUUCAGUCUGCCUGUGUACCCAAAAGAAUACUGUAAUUUCAUGGGGAAGUUCACAACAUCGAAUCCCGCCUUUGCAUGGAUGAAGUGCAAUAGGCUUGUAGAGGACUGUGCAGAGUUUCUCCGAGGACACAAGAUUCUAACAAGAAGCGGGGUGCGAUUUGGGGUUGAUUCAAAGCAUGUUAGGGUUAGUAUGGUGAGCAACGAUGAAGAAUUUGACCUCUUUAUAGAGAGGUUGCAGGCUAUUCAGGAGAUUAGUAAUGGGUAUCAUAUUUGA